AUGUUGCUGGGCUGGUGUGUCGGGGCCACAGUGCUGUUAUAUGUGUUGUACUCCUGGCUCAUCCCCACUGCUGUGCAGUUCAAUGGCAGUCUGGCGUUAAUCUGGCACGAUGUCAUCGUUGAGCGGGCUCUUGAUACUCUGACCAGAUCAACUCGACCACAGCGUCUGCUGAAAGUAGUACAGAAGCGUGCAACCCGUGGUGACCCUCAGAGUGUGAUCUCGGCCGUUGAUCAUUUCUGCCGACACAGUGAAUGGGCUAUGAACGUUGGAGAUGAGAAAGGCUCUAUCCUGGACUCAGUGGUGAGUGAGUUGAGCCCAGAGAAGGUCCUAGAGUUGGGCACAUAUUGUGGGUACUCCACAGUGCGCAUCGCUCGUCUGCUUCCUCCUGGAGCUCGACUGAUAACACUGGAGUUCAAUGCAGAUUAUGCUGCAAUAGCUCGACAAGUAAUCGCCUGGGCGGGUCUUGAAGACAAAGUCCAGCUUGUCGAAGGUGCGUCUGAAGAUUGGAUCCCACGCAUGAAGGAGCACUAUGGAAUUGAAACAUUUGAUUUUGUUUUUCUGGACCACUGGAAGGACCGUUACCUCCCUGACACAAAAUUAAUGGAGGAUUGUGGUCUGCUAAGGAAAGGCACAGUUCUGCUUGCUGAUAAUGUGAUCUGUCCAGGAUUCCCAGACUAUCUUGAAUAUGUGCGCAAUAGCCUUUCAUAUAAAAGCUGCUAUUUUAAAUCCCAUUUAAAGUACACCAAGGCAGAGGACGGCUUGGAGAAGUCUGUGUUUUUGGGCUAGAGAUAUACAGGGAUGGUUCAUAUGCUUAAAAAUUUGACUUUUGCUAAGAGUUUAUGCUCAGAGUUUCUGAGACCCAGCAUGAGGUAUAUUUUAAAUGAUUUAUUAUCAUAAGUCCCGAAGAUGUAUUGAGGACACACUGUUCUGCAUUUUACUUGAUCAAUCCAGAGGUUUUACCACUCUGUACCACUAGGGGGUAGGAUCACAUUUAAAAUGGCUGAAAUGUGUGGUUGUGUCUAGACCAGACCCCUCUUACAGUUUAACCAGAACUUUUUAUCUGAGAAAAACAAAACAUUUUGUAACAAUGACUUUAUAUCACAUAUUUGUGUUUGUACAGAAAAUGGGACUUUUGUAGGUUAUUUUAGGGUUAUUCUGUAAUAAUUGAAACAAUGCCACUUUGAGUUCAUGAAGAUAUACAAGUCAGCAGUGAUGAUAAUGACAGAGGCAUUUGGAGUGUACUAAUUUGAUGUAUUUGUGCAGUAUUGAUAAUAGCAUGGAUUGCAGUUGUAUUAGUUCUGUCAGAACCACUAUUGUCAAAGAUGAUUGACAAUUAGCAUA